UGUCAUUCAAGUUUUUGCAGUCGUCGUCGCCGUCAUCGUUGCAGCUGCUCAGUCUUCGUACACUUCGUUCGUCAUUGAUUUUUUAUUUUUUCCAACGCAGUUUCGCAAACGGCAGUGAAAAAAUUUUGUGUCUUUCAUAUAAAAUUCCCUAACAUCAUAAUUUGUUGCAUUUAAUUGCAAAUUUACGGAAAAUUUGCAAUUAUGGGCGACAAUGAGCAGAAAGCGCUGCAAUUGAUGGCCGAGGCUGAGAAGAAAUUGACGCAGCAAAAAGGUUUUCUCGGUUCGCUUUUUGGUGGUUCAAAUAAAGUUGAAGAUGCCAUCGAAUGUUACCAACGCGCUGGUAAUAUGUUCAAAAUGUCCAAAAAUUGGGCAAAAGCUGGUGAAUGCUUUUGUGAGGCUGCCAAUUUGCAUUCGCGUGCCGGUAGCCGGCACGAUGCCGGUGUUGCCUAUGUAGAUGCUUCUAAUUGCUAUAAAAAGAUCGAUGUCGAAAGCGCUGUAUCAUGCCUACUUAAAGCCAUCGAUAUCUACACCGAUAUGGGUCGAUUCACCAUGGCAGCAAAGCAUCACCAGAGCAUUGCUGAAAUGUAUGAAAGCGAUCCGGGAACGCUGGCCAAAGCUGUCCAACAUUAUGAACAAGCUGCUGAUUACUUUAAGGGCGAAGAAUCGGUGAGUUCAGCCAAUAAAUGCAUGUUGAAAGUAGCUCAAUAUGCUGCCCAGCUAGAAGACUACGAAAAGGCCAUUAAUAUUUAUGAGCAGGUUGCCGCAUCAUCAUUGGAAAGCUCACUGCUCAAAUAUAGCGCCAAAGAGUAUUUCUUUCGUGCUGCUUUAUGUCAUCUAAGUGUGGAUCUCUUAAAUGCUCAACAUGCAAUAGAAAAAUAUGCACAGCAGUAUCCAGCAUUCCAAGAUUCGCGUGAAUUUAAGCUAAUUAAGGUACUCUGCGAACACUUGGAGGAGCAAAACAUCGAAGGCUUCACAGAAGCAGUUAAAGAUUAUGAUAGCAUUUCACGUCUGGACCAGUGGUAUACCACAAUAUUGCUUAGAAUUAAGAAAGCAGCCGAUGAGGAUCCCGAUUUACGAUAAAUUUAUUAUAUUUAAAUAUUCUUAAUUAUAUACAAACAACAAAAAAUAAUAAUAAUUAUUCCAAAAUAGUAAACGUACAUAUAUAUAUUAAACAAAAAUAAGCAUAAAAAUUUAAAUGGAACUUUUUAAAUUUUCACACACACCCAGAACCACUGCAUUCAAUUGUUUACCUACCUACCAAACAUACUUAUAAAUAUUUUAGUUGUUUUCUCUUUUUUUUCCGAAAAGUUACUACAGUAACCUACAGUUAAAAUAGCUAAAUAAAAAUAUAUAUAUAAAACUUAAAGUUUAAAUAAAAAAAAAUUACUACAACCAUACACCGUUAUUCUUUUACAAACAGUACAAUAACAUUAAUACAUAAAUACUUUACAACAUACAACAACAGAAAAUAUACAAACACAUACACAUACAUCCAGCAGACAGACAACAAUUGCAAAUAUUUCGUAUAAACAAAAUUUGAUGAGCAAAAAUAAGAAGAAAAAUAAUCUACAUUAUUAUUAAUUAUAAUCAUUAUAACGGCAUGGAAGCAAUAAUAGCUUCUUAAUAUAAAUUAAAUUCAAGAACAGAAAUAAACAAUUUUAUUUAAAAAAUUUCAUAUUGUGUAAGGCAAAAAUGCUGAAACUACACUAUGCUUUCAAGCGAAAUUUCCAGUAAAUGUAUGUAGUUAGCAUGUAAUUUAAGAAAAACAAAAAGUGAAAAAUAGAAAAUGGAAUUUUUGCAUAACUUUAAAGCGCCUACACAUGCGUUGAGUAAGAAAGGGGAAUCGGUAAAUGACAAAUGGCAAACGGCUAGGCAAAGAAUAAAAUAAAUAAAUAUUUAAGAAAACUGGAAAAGUGAAUAACUGCUCUUAAUGACAAAUAGAAAAAUGCAAAGAAAAUGAAAAAUUGAUUGUCCACAAAUGUACUUGUAUUUAUUAAAAAAAAAAUAUGGGAAAAUUCACAAUUAUGUGAUGUGCCAGUGCAACGCUACCCCAAUCGUACCAAUACCUUUUGGCACGCAUAAACUGGUAUUAGAAAGCUGACAAAAAUUUUGAGAAAUCGGUAGUAGUAAAAAUUGGUGAAAAAUGAAUUAAAAUACGUGAAAACAUGCAAAGCAUACUGUUAUGUUGAAUUAUAUAUAAUUUUUUUCGCAUUAAAAAUGCAUUUUUUUUUUUUGUUAUUGAGAAUAAGUUUUCAUUUAUGGCAUAAUUUUUAUGAGAAUUGUUUUAAAUGCACUGAAACUUGUUUUUCAUAUUAAUAUUAAGUUUUAAUAAAAAAUCCGUUUUUAUAACUAAGAGUUUAUAUUUACUUUUUAUUCAAUUAUAUCUUUGUUUUUUAUUCUAUUUAUAAUUUUGAAAAUUCAUAAUUUUUGCUCAAGGUGAACAACUUUUUCAAAAAAAAAAAAAUAUAUAUAUUGCAUACAUACAUACAACGAUGUAUGUUUCUAUAUACAUACAUGUAAACAUGUUGCCAAAAUAAAUAUAUUUAACGUGAGUUAUACAAUAAUAUACAUACAUAUGUAUACUGUAGCCGUUCGUUAAACGUUUUAAAAGCUGUUAAUUCAAAGUUGAAAUGCGUUAUUUGAAAAAUUUGCAAAUUGUGAAAAAAAAAAAUUUAAAGCUGUAACUUUUUUCAAUGUAUAACUUGGUAAAUGGAUAUUUAAUUUCUAGUUAAAUGCAAAAAUUAUUGUAAAACUUGGUAAAUGGUAUAUUUAGUUGAACAUAUAAAAGUGUGUUAUAAAAGCAAAAUACAUAUAAAUAGAACAACAAACAAACAAGCAAAAAAAAAAAUAAUAACAAUAACAACGUGGUAGACAAAUAUACAUAUAUGCUGAUAAAAGACGUAAAUAACGAAAAAAGGAAUGGGAAGCUACAAACAAAUAGCUAAGAAGUAGGGAAGAAAAGAAGGUAGGGAGUUUCAAAAUGCUGGUUGAUGGGAAAAAAUGGCAAAAUUGCAUUAAAUGAAUUAUUAAAAAAAAUAAAACAAAUACACAUAUAUAUACAUGUAAUGAAUACUUGUAUGCGUAUUUAAGAAAGAAAAAAAUAUAAAUAUAUAUGUAAUUAGAAGCGUUGGUGAGAGCUGGCCAACCAUUAGUUAAGCUGAAUACACUGAUUUAAUACAAAAAAAAAUAUAUAUAUAUACUUAUAUACUGCACCAAAAUGUAGCUUUCGUGUUUUAGUAAACAAGGAGCAUUAGCACUCACGUCAAUACCAACGACACAGUGCAGUGCUAAUAGGAGUUUUAUUUUAUUAAAAUUUGAUAGAGUUUGGAUAUAAUAAAAUAUCUAUAUAAAUGUAUAAUAUUAAUAUUACAUAUAUGUACUUGCAUAUAUUGAACCAAAAAAAAAAAAAAAUUAAACUAAAAAACUUUAAUGUACUUGCAUGAGAUUCAAAACAAUUAUUAAAUACUAAAAUUAAAUAUUACUUGAUUAAACUAACAUUUAAGUGCUUGAAACGCAUAAGAAAAACAAAUAUUUAAAAAAAAAAAAAAAAAAAAAUCUUGGGGAGUAAACUUGACUCGUUUUUUAUUUUUAUUUAUUUUCAUUUAUUUUUUAAUAUAUUAAACAUUUCAAGCAAGCAAUUGUUUGACUUGUUCAACAUAAACGUUUAUACUAUUAUCAUUAUUAAAUACCAAAUGAACCUAGCGGACCAAAAUAUCCAAAAAAAAAAAAAACAAAACAAAACAAAACAAAAACUACAAUAUAUAUGUACGCAUAUGUACAUAUAUAUUAAUUUUAUGCUUAAUAAUGCAUAUUAAUAUACUCUUAUCUAUAUAUAUAUAUAUACAUACUAGUACUAACCACCCAAUUAAAGCGCAUAAGUAACUUCAUAUAUACACAUUUGUAUGCAAUUAAUAAACAAAAUAUCUUUAUUAAGACAACAUAAAGCGCAUUGAAAGCCAAAUCAAUAAUUAUUAUAAAUAUGAAAUCAGCUAAUGCACAACAACAACACAAAGCAUGCUGUAGGCGAUAGUAAAAAAUACGCCAAUAAAAUAUUUCAGAUGUAAAACAAAUACAAACUGACACUAAAUGAGAAUAAUGCGUAGUGUAUGAAAUAAUAAUAAAAAAAAACAACAACAUUUAGUCCUUAUUCGAAGUUAAUAGUACUAACAAAAACUAAACUAAAACAAAUUUACAUACAUAUAAAUAUUAAAAACAAAAGAAAACCAAACAACAUUGAGAGUUGAUGCCGAGAAAACAUAAUGGAAAAAUAAUGAUUUAUUGUUCUUAUAUUUAAUAACACAUAAGAGAUGUUUAAGCAUGCAAGCUAACACACAAAUAUAUCAAUUAAAAUUAUAUACAUAAAUAUAUAUAUAUAUAUAUAAAUGUAUUAAUUCUAAUUACUAAGUUCAAACCAAAAAACGAAAAAAAUCCGGAAAAAAAAAAACGGAAAACCGAUGAAAUAAAGUUGGUAAAUACCAAAAUUGUAAAGCAAAACCCAGUGGAAAGUGCAUUGCAAAAGUAUUAUAGUGGCAGCGUAGAGAUCGUAAUUGAAUGCUUAACGGUAAAUAAUGACACAAACAAUGAAGUAUAUAAAGCAACUGCAUACAAUUUGUGGCAAAGCAAAAGAGCAAACUAAAAUAAUAAAAAAAAUAAAAAAAAACAAAAAUUGACAAAAACAACAACAGCUUAUGACAGCUAAGUUGAAAAUAAAGGACCGCAUCAGUACGAAAAUGCACGAAAAGCAGUUAAAAUUCAUACAAAGCAAACAAAAUUCAUACAAAUCAAACAAAAAUCAUAAAAAACAUGCGAAAUUCAUAAAAAAAACAGCCCAGAUUUAUAUCAAAAACUAACAAAAUCAAUUUAAAACAUUGACGAACAAUUCAAAAGACUUUUCAAAACAACAGCAUCUUCAUGCAAAAUUUAAAUAUAUUUUUUCAAAAAUGUAUGCAAAUUCAAAUAACCACACUUUCUCAAAACCUAAGCACAUAAUUGACCAAUAAAGAACUAAUUUUGGUUUGAAAACAUCAGAGUGAGCAACGCGAAACUCAAACAGAAUUUGCAAAAACAAUUUAAAAGG